AUGUUCCGCGCCCGCAAGUUCGGCGAGGGGCCUCCCAAGCGCGUGGGCGACACGGGACCGCUGGCGACGGACGUGUCGAGCGCCAUCAAGCGGCAGCGUCUCGAGUACUGGGACGCUCUGUACGCGCGUCGAGCCGGCGGCGGCCGCGACGCGGCUGACGACACGUCGUCGUCGCUGCUGCUGGUGGAUACGCGUCGCUCUACGGUCGUCGAAGGCGGUCGUUUGCCGCAGUCGGUACUGGACCACGUGCGCAACGAGUGGGCCACCCAGCAGCUGUCGCCUGUCGACCUGCGACACUACGUGCGCUGCUGCCGCGCGUCAGUGCCGUCGGCGCGUCAUCGCAGUGGACGGCAGUGGAUCCCUUUCUUUGUGUUUAGUUGCCGCACAAAAGUGCUGCUGUGGCAACAAGAGCGGCACAAAGUAAUUGCACUGCCGCUCCCGCGUGCCCUCGCGUUGGACGACGUCGCGUGUCCGUUUCUCUUUGCGCUCUACGGUCAGAGUCUGAGUCUCUUGGUCGUGACGACGAGCGGGCUGGUGCUCUUUUGGGAAGACAUUGAGCUGCCGUACGAGAGCCUACCGCUGAGUAUACAGAUCCCGCUGGACAGCCACGAACGGGUUUCGACGCACGCACAGGCUGCGAUUGUAGCAAGAGACGACCGAGCGGGCCACGACGACGAGGGACAAUACGGAGCGACUGGAGUACUGUGCUGGAGCAAUUAUGGAAAUGUGUGGGAAGUUGCAGUGGAAGACCGACGCAUUCGCGUGCGGGCUUUUGAGAAGCAGAGUGCGGGUUUGCUGGCAGGACUGACCAAGUCAGUGUCGCAGUUUUUCUUCUCGUCGACAGGGUCGAAAGCUGGUGCAGGUCGAAGAGAGCUGAAUGUCAACCAGCCGAUUACGUGCUUGAACGUACUUUCAUCGUCGAUGGACGACGUGGCGUUGAUGGACAGUGAUGGAGACGAAGUGGACGAAACGUCAGAUGUGCUUGUGCUGUAUCAGGACGGGAUGUUGGCGCGUCGCUCUUUUAGCAAUGCUGACGUGCUGGACUGCUCGUGCGUUUCUCAGUGGCAUUUCGAUGCCAGUCGCGUAGCAAUGAGCUACUUUAGCACCAACUUCCCGGAAGCGCAGUUGACAAAAGCACACGUUGUCUCCAUACCGUACGCGCACGACGCGUGCGUCGGUGUGUUAGUGGCUUUCGUCUGCUCAUCGUCUCGAUCUGGAACAAGUGCGACGGUCAAGUACGCGCUGUUCCAUUUCUCACUCGAGACAAUGAGUGACACCACUUUGCCAACGCCAGAGUGGGUGCACAUGCUGGACUAUGAACCAGCUUUUGACGGGCAGGCUGAGCUAUUUGCGGUCGAAAGCUUAUCUAUCACACGUGGCGCUUUGUACCUCGUGUGGACACAGAUGCAGCCUGUCCAGUUUUGUACGCUUAUUUUGCCUCAGGUUGGACACACUAGUGUACGGUCGACGGCGUUCCCACUUCAAGGUACUCAAGGAAGAUUGGCUCUGGCAUUUGGAGCGCGUGCGGACCAGAGCUUGUUUGACAACAACGCCGUGAAGGGAUCGGUUUUGUUCUUGCUCAUAGAAGAGAGCGUCAAGUCACCGAGUGGAUCAGUGUGCAUGGCUACCGCCUCGGACAUGCAAAGACUGGAACGUCAUGCAACCCCACUUCUGUCCGAGGCAUCUGCGGAGAGGACACGUCGGAGACGCGAAGCAAACAACGACGCGAACGAGUUGUCCCGUUUCGAGAAGACGGACUUGGCCGUCGAGGAUUACGUCCGCUUGAUUCUGACGCAUUUUCACGACUCGCCGAACUCUGCGGUAGCGCUGCGCGUGAGCGUAAGGGAUGUGGGAUACGCAGCUCAGGCCGCCGUAGUUGUGGAUCUUCAGAUCUUGGAUGCCAAGUCGUCAUCAGGCUUGCGAUGGGAAAACGGUACACCGACCAAUAUCGAUGGCCAAGAGAAGCAGUCUGCUGCUUGCUCUGUUACUCCGAAGCUGGUACGCUACCAAUUGGAAGAAAAGAGGAAUCGCCAUGUGGCAUUGUUGGAAUUUUUGCAGCGCCGUUGUGUGUCGGUCUGGGAGUUUAUUGAGAAUUCCCCUCAACUCCAGUGUGAGUUGACGAAAAACGAAGAGAAGCUUCAGGCUGCAAUCGCUCUAUGCAAGCUACAGGCGUCGAUUGUGUCAUCGAAUUCUUCCGACGAUGUGGUUCCAUCGGGAGUCGAACGCCGGUUGACCGGAAAGUUUUUGGUGCGCGCGAUCGAGAAAACUGUAAAAAAGCGUGGCUAUCAGACAGAGCAGCUUCGUCUUGCGGGCUACAAUUCCUUCGAUAUAUUUUACAGCGAAGUGAGUAAGAUCGCGGAGCUAUUCCAGUAUUUGAGCGACGAGGUUCAGUCCCUGUCGACGUCAGUUGGCGAGAGCGACCCAGCGUAUCUUUGCGGCUUGCUAGAAAGCGGCUGUGCUAUGCUAAGUAUGCUGUGUACGCCCGUGCAAGGCUCUGCUGCAAGUUUUGCAUCGACGAAAAGCUGGACACUUGCGCAUGAGGUGCGAAAAGUCGUGGUCGAUCAGAUAUCUCGUCUGUCUGCACUUUCGGGAUACUCGCAGUCAGAAGCGUCUGAGAGGCAAAUUCGCUGGCAGCACAACGAUAUCUUCGAGCUGACGGAUCAGAUUCGGAGACUAGGAAUCGUCUUGCUGGAUGAUUACGCAAGGUGCAUCCCUCAUGCUUUGAGCGAGGAAGCAGACGAUCUACGCGCGGAAGAAGCGUACACGAAGCGCGCCACUCUAAACCCUCUUGUUUACCUUGCAACCCAGACGUCGUGCGAAGAAAGCGAUAUUGCAGUCGACUUUGGUACGGAUGGUGUCAUUACCCGUAAGCGCGCCGACUUGUUCUGUCAGUGCGUUGAGCUUUGCGAAACGUAUCGUUACUUCGAGGGCAUGGUUUAUCUGGUAUUGAUUGAAGACUCCGAGAACCUGUCGAAACUGGAUUGCGUGCUUGGCAAACUUCCAAAAAGCCCCGCAUCGAAGAGGUUGGAGUCAUACUGCAAGAAGCAUGAGGGCUUUGACGACUUUAUCUUCCGCUGGUAUAACGGCGAAGUUCGGAACCCCUGGACCCGAAACAACCAAAAAGCGGAUGCGUCUUCUCGGACCGUGCUGGCAUACUUGCUCGCCCACUCGCAGCUAUUUGCGCCGGCUUUGCACAAGUUCAUGAACGAACGCGACCACCUGAGGCAGUACUGCUGGUUGACUGCAAUUUCAAUCGAGCGAUAUGACCAGGCGGCGACAUUUGCACUUCAGGAAGCCAAGAGAGAGCAACGGUCGUUGCCGAAGCGUAAGACCAUGGCGAGCAUUGCCAAAAUCGCCGCCUUUGCUUCGCCUAGUCUGUCUCAUCCUGACAGUGUACAGGAAAUUGACCACGAGCUCUUGCGCGGGAAACUUCAGGGGCUGCUGCUGCGCCUACCACUGAAGGUGCCCAUUGACCCGCAGCCGCUGUCACCCGAAGCGUUAGUUGACGCGUGUGUGGCAUCUGCCCUUUCGGUCGAAACAGACGACCCCGUGAGAACCAAUCUUUUCUUGGCGACGCUGGACGCGCUGGAUACACUAGCAACCGAUCCGCUGACCGAGAAAUACAAGGAGAUGCGAGUCAGUGUGUGGCGAUCCUGCGUUGCCGCUGAUGGCAAGUUAUGGGACAAUAUCGCAGCGGAAUCGGCGGCAGGUGUAAAUGAGGAGAACGUAGAGGCGCUGAUGCGGCAGACCCUGAUGUACAAGGCUAUGAAGGAGUACGCGUCGCGGCCGGAGCAUCCUGUCGGAGCUCGUACUGUGUCAGCAUUGACGAUUGAGGUUAUUGAGGAGCUAGUGGGCUGCGAGGGUGAUGUUGACAUUGCUAGGAGCGUCCAAACCCAGCAGCUGCUGAUGAAGACGCUGCAUUUGGCGCUGCAGUAG